AUGUCUCUACACAAGGGGAGACAGGAGCCGUUCUCCGGAAUCAAUCAAGGGUUUGAUCGGAAACCUGUCCGGCCUGUUGCAUACUCCAUUGACAGACCCAGCGGGCUUCGCCGUGUUGUGUCGACCAGAACACUGAGCCCCCAUCUUGAUUCAUCUGAAUCCUUGCCUAGUGAACACAGCUCUCUUUACGAUGCGUUCCUAUCUAGCUACGAAUCCGAACAUAACAACGCACAGCCUAGUGCGAAGAAAGUUGAUGAAGAAAGCUCUGAGCUAGCUAGUGCUAGUCACAUACAAGAACUGCGCUCCUGGGAUAGCGAAAGAGUCCGACGGCGAGAGAGACUGGCUGUCCCUUCACUGGAAACUAUCUUGGAGAAUCAAAGUGCAUCUACUCAUCUGGCUACAUCUUCUCGAUCACGAUUGAGACCCUGUGCAUCAGUCGGUGUCUCGUUAAAUUCAAAAUACUCUUACUCGGCAGCUUCAUCCAGGGGAUCGUCCGUACGCUGGAACCAAUAUGGAUCAAGAAUAUAUUCUUUCGACGACCAUGACAUACCUUCGUUUCGGCCUAGAUUUUCCCUUUCAGGACUUCCUCGUGAACGACGCCACUCUUGCAGUACCCUCUCUUCAGAUGGAAGCUUUGAUACAUCUUGCUGGCUGAGCAAUACUAUUUCCCCAGCAGAACCUACACAACCUAUACAUCCUCCUCCACAUCGACCUAGUACUCCGCCUGGUGUCCCAUCUUUUGGUUCACCUGAGGCUCUUCGCUACGACAUAUCAUCACUCCCUCGAGGAACUCCAAGAGCCGGCCAGGACAGCAGUAGAUCAUCACCACAAACAAAUCGAAAUCUAGAGGGAGACAGAGAUGAUGACUCCUCUGACGAUGAUUGUGGAUGCUGUGGAUUUGGCUUACGGAGAGCUUUUCGUGAGACAACUUCCUAUAUCACAUACCAGCCUCCUGAACGCCUACCUCCGGGAGUUCUCGCAAGGGCGGACGACGGGACUCUUAUUCGAGGGCGAUUCGGUGCACGCUCAAGCGGCCAUGGUAUUGGUGCUACAGCAAGCUUAGAAAACCAUCCGUUUCAUCAAAACCAUCUACCCGCCGCAAGGACAAAAGAUACCGAUAUCAGAGCACCGCAAGCAGCCCAUUCAAGAUCUGGUCGCUGUAGCACGACAAACGAAUUUGGUCUACAGCGGCAAUCGCCGCGUGGCUCUUCAGCAAGUAAUCCAAGCCCGCUUCCCCGGUAUCGAUCGCUACUCGAUGAUCACAGGGAUCUACCCGUUCCCUCUACGCCGGUUCGAGUCUCGUCCUUGACUCGAAACAACAACCACGCCAUCCCAUCGCGGCCCAGAGAGCAGAUGCUAUAUUCACGCCCUGCAUCAACCUCAGCAUUAGCGAGGAAUACCUCAGCCAGGGAUCAGAGUGAGCGAGGUUCCAACCAGGGCGGUUUACUGCGGCUCUGGGAUCUCGUUUCACUUCACGUAACCAAGUGCUGCUGCGGACUGGGCGCUGACGACGAACACGAGGGACGGCGUGAUACAGAGAUGCAGCGAGUCUCCGGUAUUGCCGGGCUGCGAGGAUAG